CUUUGUUACAAGAAUUCUUGAUCGACAGGCGUACUGUACAUGUAAAUUUGUUGGGCCUGUGGGCAUAACCAAGAUACGGGGAUAACAGAUGUAAGAGAUUUCUCCUCAAUUUGAGACAUCUUUUCAUGUUUUUGUUCUUGAUAGCUAAACUGGUGCGUAAGAAAAAGGUGAUCCGUGUAAUUUGAUGAUUUGUGGGAUUUGGUUUCAUCGACUUCAUAAUUUUGUUUGCUGGGAAUUCACAAGUUGCGGGUUUUAUCCGCUGACCAGGCUCUUUAGGGGGUUGACUGUCCAUUUCAGUUCUGAUAACAUUGGUCUUAAGGCCUCGUGAUGGUCUUGGAAUGGGCUUCUAACUUGGAUCUGUAUGGGUGUUAUUAAUGCUGGGCUGGGAAAUCACUCUCCCUGUCAGACGUGCUCCGAAGGAAGGCAGCGCGUCCUAGUUCACUUUACAGAAGAAACAAAAACCUCGUCCCUCUUUAACAAGCUAGCAAUGGAGAGUUCGGUUCAACAUUUUCCUGUCACCCAUAAGGAGUGUUCUGUAGUUAUCAAGGGAAACAAAACAGAUGUGGUCAUUUCCGGUUAUGAUGACCAUUUUCUGGUGAUUGCUACCCAAAUAGGAAGCAUGGGCACAAUACUGCAUGCCAGGAAGGACGAGAGUUUGUCAAUCCAUCCAACCUUCAAUGUGUCUGUAAUCUUUGGAAAACGUGAUGAGCCAAUGCUCGUCGCUUGUGCUAGACAACUAAUUGAACAUAUAAGUACAUCAGGCUCGUCCAAGCCAUUGGUGCUCUCUCUUGGUCUUCAAGACCAUUCUUCGGAAACAUUGAGAGGAGUUGUCUCUGCCGUAACUGCAAAUCGUGUAUGGUGACAAGCAAAUUACCAUGUGACCUCUGAUUUUGCCAGUGAACUCCCAGGUUUUCUGAAUACAACAAGGUGGCAUUUAUUUAUUUAGGGCUGCCAGAUUCUAAAAAAUGAAACAGCUUCAGGAUUCAAAUUCGCUUCUUUUCUUAAUAUCCUCAUGGGACAUUGUCGUUAUGGAAUAGGGGUGACUAUAUAAACUUCUCAUCGGUGCUCUUGAUCAAUAUUUACCAUUUACUAGAGUCAAAUUGUAGUGGAAGUGAUUGUUGAUCUACAAGUUGUGGGUGCAAAUCGUGGCUGUGAUGAAUUAGGGUUUCAAAUCAUAUAAUCAAUUACUAAUGUUGCAAUC